CACACACAGACAGACACACACACACACACACACAUAGCUGUUAGGAUCUGUUAUGCUGAGGUGAAUUUCCAUUAUCUAUCAAAUUGCUCUGACCUUUCCAUCUUUCAUUCAUUGUGAAGAUCAUCGGGGUAAUAGUAGUUGACAACAGUGUGCUCAGGCACAAACAAGUAUGAGGUAACACCCUUGUGUGUGGGUGGAAACUGGAAUUCCCCAUAUACUUAAAUAGAGGUCUCCCUCUGAUUCACUUCAUUCGUGCUUCUUCUUUCAGUACUCGUCAAAAAUCAGACUCAAGUGCAGACAUGUCUCGGAGCAGGUUGGAGCAGGCCAUCAUGUCCCUGGUGGAGGUGUAUGAGGAGUACGCUGGGAAGGACGACAAGAAGCACCAGCUGAGCCAGGCCGAGCUCGCUGAGCUUUUACAGAAGGAGCUGGCCAGCCCGGAGUUCCAGGGAAAAAUUGACCCAGAGGACAUUCAGGAGGCCAUGAGCAAACUGGACAAGAACCACGACGGUGAAGUGAACUUUCGCGAGUUUGGCAUGAUGGUGGGACUUCUGGCCCGCGGCGUGUAUCGCCAUAAGAGGGGCAAGGGCAAAGGAAAGAAGAAGGAUAAUGAGUAAAAGCAGGCGGGCAGACACAAAGAUGUACAUACUGUAAGAUUACAGUGUAAUGUCAAACCUGUUUUGGGAUAUCUUUAAAAAGGUGUUUUGUAAUUUAUGAUAACAUGACAGAGGUCUAAGGGCCGAAAUGUAGUUUACAAUAAAUGCGACAUUGCAAGUGAAACAA